AGCAAGACCACACGAAUUACUUAUGGAGAGUAGCACGGCCGAUAAACCGUUGCACCACCCACCUGUAUCCCAUCUACCUGGCGAGCACCACCUGAACCGCUCUUCCCACUCUGCCUUUCCACCCAACCCUCGUGCUUUCAGCGUCAAGAGUGAGUCCGUGCCCAAAAGCACCUUGAUCUUCACGCAAGAAUGCUCGUGUCAAUGUUCCGGUUUAUCUUCUCUCGACGUUAUGUGCCAGUCCUCAACAAGACCCCAAGCGAUCUCAGCGAGAAAGAGUUCGAUCUCGAGUCUACAGGCUCCGAGACGUCCGAGGCAAGCACGCUUACCGGCAGUGACAAGCCGUCCUUUAAGCCAGAUUCGCGAAUCAUCUCCGAUGCCAUAAUUGGCCUCUCAGACGGCCUUACUGUGCCAUUUGCUCUCACAGCUGGACUGUCGGCUCUGGGAGACACCAGGGUAGUCAUCUAUGGCGGACUCGCAGAGCUCAUCGCGGGAGCCAUAUCGAUGGGCCUGGGAGGGUAUCUGGGGGCUAAGAGCGAAGAGGAAUCUUACCACGCCACGCGAAAGCAGACAAAGGAUCAAAUUCUGAACAACCCAAUCUCCCUCUCUGAGAGUAUCUCAGCCAUCUUUGAGCCUUACAACCUUCCAGAACCCCUAACAGCCGACCUCACUACUCAUCUUGAAAAGUGCGACCCAGACAAGAUAGUCAACUUCAUCAUGUCCUUUGAGUAUACCCUUCCUGAGCCUGCUAGCUCCAGGGCCUUCACCUGCGCUCUGACGAUUGCCCUCGGGUAUUUCAUCGGAGGAUUCGUCCCGCUCCUACCUUAUUUCUUCACCGAUAACAUCACCAAAGCCCUGGUCUGGUCUAUUGGGACAAUGGGCCUUGCUCUGUUUCUGUUUGGAUACGUCAAGACUUGCGUGAAUGUUGGGUGGCACCGCCGCAGGCACAUCUGGCAAGGCGUGCUUGGAGGGGCUCAGAUGGUUUUCGUCGGUGGUGCAGCUGCUGGAGCGGCAAUGGGCAUCGUGCGAGCAUUUGAUUAUCAUCCUGUAAGGGACUAACAGGCC